AUGUGUGACCGCAUCGGUUCGCCUACUGGAAAUCUCAUAAAGAUGCGAAACAUUGUGAUCUUCGGAGGUUCCUCUCACCCAAAUUUGGCCGAACAAAUCGCUUCACGCUUGAGUAUACAACUUGGCAAGGUGAAAUUGUCAAAGUUUUCAAAUCAAGAAACCAAUGUCGAGAUUCAUGAAAGUGUCAGAGAAAAGGAUGUCUACAUUAUACAAUCAGGUUGUGGUCACGUAAAUGAUAACUUCAUGGAACUUUUGAUUAUGGUCUCUGCGUGUAAGACUGCCUCCGCGAAGAAAGUGACAGCUGUGAUACCUUGUUUCCCAUAUGCAAGACAACCCGAUGUUCCUUACAAGAAGAACGGCGCACCAUUAUCGCGGUUUCCCAGAAAUGCAUUUAUUGGUUAUACUUACGAUGCACCUUCUGGGGAAUCAGCGCCACCAACACCCGCAGGUGAAUCCAGAGAUCCAUUUGUCGUAACAGAAAACUCUGAUGCCAGCGCUGACCACAUAAUAACCAUGGAUCUUCACGAUCCCCAGUUUCAAGGAUUUUUUGAUAUCCCUGUUGAUAACUUGCACGGACAACCUCUCAUGGUCAAAUAUAUAAAACAGAACAUACCUAAUUGGGAACAGGCUGUCAUUGUUUCUCCCGACGCCGGUGGUGCCAAAAGGGCAACAGCCGUCGCGGAUAAGCUUCACAUGGACUUUGCUCUCAUUCACAAGGAACGCCGAUCUCAGAUUCCACCUCACAGGACAGACACCAUGCUUGUUGGUGAAGUUCGAGACAAAGUCUGCAUUCUUGUUGAUGAUAUCGCGGAUACAUCUUUCACCAUUACUAAGGCAGCCAAGGUUCUUUGUGAUAAUGGAGCAAGUAAAAUUUACGCGAUUAUAACUCACGGAAUUAUGAGCGGCGAUGCAAUUCAGAGAAUCCAAGAAAGCGUCAUUGAUCAG